AUGCAGUUCAGGAGUAUUCUUUUUUCUUUUUUCCUCGUCUUCGCGCUUGGUGUGGCCCUUGUCCACGGCGAAGAGGCCAAGCAGCCACGGGGUCCUAAGAUCACCAGCAAGGUCUACUUUGAUAUCGAACACGGUGACAAGCCAUUGGGUCGUAUUGUGCUUGGAUUGUACGGCAAGACUGUUCCUAAGACCGCUGAGAACUUUCGCGCUCUGGCUACUGGCGAGAAGGGCUUUGGCUAUGAGGGGUCUACUUUCCACCGUGUUAUUAAGGAUUUCAUGAUCCAGGGUGGUGACUUUACCCGUGGUGAUGGCACCGGCGGCAAGUCGAUCUACGGUAACAAGUUCGAGGACGAGAACUUCAAGAUAAGGCACACCAAGAAGGGCCUUUUGAGUAUGGCCAACGCCGGCAAGAACACCAACGGUUCUCAGUUCUUCAUUACCACCGCUAUUACUGCGUGGCUGGAUGGCCGUCACGUCGUCUUCGGCGAAGUCCUCGAGGGCUACGACAUCGUCGAGCAGAUCGAGAACGUCCCCAAGGGCCGUGGUGACCGCCCCGCGGCGGACGUCAAGAUUGCCAAGAGCGGAGAGCUGAAAGAGGAGAAGGAGACUCAAGGUAGCCAUGAGGAACUGUAG